UUUUUUUUUUUUUUUUUGGAGACAUGGCCCGGGCAGUGGCUCCUGGAAGAGGAACAAGUGUGGGAAAAGAGAGAGGAAACCGGAGCUAAAUGACAGGAUGCAGGCGACUUGAGACACAAAAAGAGGAGGGUUUCUCUCGGAUCACGGCAUUGCCUCGCCGCUUUCCUUUCUCCAAGACGGACUGAGGAUUUUACAGCUCUGGGAGGAGUGGAAGCGCUCCGGAUUGUUGAGAUCGCCCCGGUGCUCUGUUUUCCCUGCACGUUCGGUUCUCCCGCGUCUGCCCGGGAAACCCAGCGAAGGGAGGAUGGAGAGGGGGCUGCCGCUCCUGUGCGCCGAGCUCGCCCUGGUCCUCUCGGCGGCCGGCGCUUUUCGCAACGAUAAAUGUGGAGAUACUAUAAAAAUUGAAAGCCCCGGGUACCUUACAUCUCCUGGUUAUCCUCAUUCUUAUCACCCAAGUGAAAAAUGUGAAUGGCUGAUUCAGGCUCCUGACCCAUAUCAGAGAAUUAUGAUUAACUUCAACCCUCACUUCGAUUUGGAAGACAGAGACUGCAAAUAUGACUACGUGGAAGUCAUCGAUGGAGAAAAUGAAAAUGGGCGUUUAUGGGGAAAGUUCUGUGGAAAGAUUGCCCCUUCUCCGGUCGUGUCUUCAGGGCCAUUUCUCUUUAUCAAAUUUGUCUCUGAUUACGAGACACAUGGGGCAGGAUUUUCCAUACGUUAUGAAAUUUUCAAGAGAGGUCCUGAAUGUUCCCAGAACUACACAACACCUAGUGGGGUGAUAAAGUCCCCAGGAUUUCCUGAAAAAUAUCCCAACAGCCUAGAAUGCACCUAUAUUAUCUUUGCACCAAAGAUGUCGGAGAUUAUCCUGGAAUUUGAAAGCUUUGACCUGGAGGCUGACUCAAAUCCUCCUGGGGGGAUGUUUUGCCGCUAUGACCGGCUAGAAAUCUGGGAUGGAUUCCCUGAUGUUGGUCCCCACAUUGGGCGUUACUGUGGGCAGAAAACACCAGGUCGAAUCCGCUCCUCGUCCGGCAUCCUGUCCAUGGUUUUCUACACGGACAGCGCCAUAGCCAAAGAAGGCUUCUCGGCAAACUAUAGUGUCUUGCAAAGCAGUGUUUCAGAAGACUUCAAGUGUAUGGAAGCUCUGGGCAUGGAAUCCGGAGAGAUUCACUCUGACCAGAUCACAGCUUCUUCCCAGUACAGCACCAACUGGUCUGCCGAACGUUCCCGCCUCCACUAUCCUGAGAAUGGGUGGACCCCUGGAGAGGAUUCCUACAAAGAGUGGAUCCAGGUAGACCUGGGCCUUCUGCGCUUUGUCACUGCUGUCGGGACACAGGGAGCUAUUUCAAAGGAAACCAAGAAGAAAUACUAUGUCAAGACAUACAGAAUAGACAUUAGCUCCAACGGGGAAGACUGGAUCACCAUAAAAGAAGGAAAUAAACCUGUUAUCUUUCAGGGAAACACCAACCCCACAGAUGUUGUGAUUGGAGUUUUCCCCAAACCCCUGAUAACUCGAUUUGUCCGAAUCAAACCUGUGACUUGGGAAACUGGCAUAUCUAUGAGAUUUGAAGUCUAUGGCUGCAAGAUAACAGAUUAUCCUUGCUCUGGAAUGUUGGGUAUGGUGUCCGGACUUAUUUCUGACUCCCAGAUCACAGCAUCCAACCAAGGGGACAGGAACUGGAUGCCUGAAAAUAUCCGCCUGGUGACCAGCCGCUCGGGCUGGGCACUGCCGCCCGCCCCGCACCCGUACGUGAACGAGUGGCUUCAGGUGGACCUGGCAGAGGAGAAGAUCGUGCGGGGCGUCAUCAUUCAGGGGGGCAAGCACCGGGAGAACAAGGUGUUCAUGAGGAAAUUCAAGAUCGGGUACAGCAACAAUGGCUCGGACUGGAAGAUGGUCAUGGACGACAGCAAACGCAAGGCCAAGUCUUUUGAAGGCAACAACAACUAUGAUACGCCUGAGCUACGGACAUUUCCACCCCUUUCCACGCGGUUCAUCAGGAUCUACCCCGAGAGAGCCACUCACGGCGGACUAGGGCUACGGAUGGAGCUGCUGGGCUGUGAGGUGGAAGCACCUACAGCUGGACCGACCACUGCCAUUGGAAACCUGGUGGAUGAAUGUGAUGACGACCAGGCCAACUGCCACAGCGGAACAGGUGAUGACUUCCAGCUCACAGGUGGUACCACUGUGCUGACUACAGAAAAGCCAACCGUGAUAGACAGCACUAUACAAUCAGAGUUUCCAACAUAUGGUUUUAACUGUGAGUUUGGCUGGGGUUCUCAUAAGACGUUCUGUCACUGGGAGCAUGACAAUCACGUGCAGCUCAAAUGGAGUGUGUUGACCAGCAAGACGGGACCGAUUCAGGAUCACACAGCAGGAGAUGGCAACUUCAUCUACUCGCAAGCUGAUGAAAACCAGAAAGGCAAAGUGGCUCGCCUGGUGAGCCCUGUGGUUUAUUCCCAGAACUCUGCCCACUGCAUGACCUUCUGGUAUCACAUGUCUGGUUCACACGUGGGCACGCUGAGGGUCAAACUGCGCUACCAGAAGCCAGAGGAAUAUGACCAGUUGGUCUGGAUGGCCAUCGGACACCAAGGGGACCACUGGAAAGAGGGGCGUGUCCUGCUGCACAAAUCUCUGAAACUUUACCAGGUGAUUUUUGAGGGUGAAAUCGGAAAAGGCAACCUUGGCGGGAUUGCAGUGGAUGACAUUAGUAUCAAUAACCACAUCCCUCAAGAGGACUGCACAAAACCAGCAGACCUGGAUAAAAAGAACCCAGAAAGUAAAAUCGACGAAACAGGGAGCACCCCAGGAUACCAAGGCACGGGAGACGGUGAGGAGAACAUCUCCAGGAAGCCGGGCAACGUGUUGAAGACCCUGGACCCUAUCCUCAUCACCAUCAUUGCCAUGAGCGCCCUGGGCGUCCUCCUCGGCGCCGUCUGCGGGGUCGUGCUGUACUGUGCCUGCUGGCACAGCGGGAUGUCGGAAAGAAACUUAUCUGCCCUGGAGAACUAUAACUUCGAACUUGUGGAUGGCGUGAAGUUGAAAAAAGACAAACUGAAUCCACAGAGUACUUACUCGGAGGCAUGAAGGCAGACAGAGGUGACCAGGCGAGCAGGAGAGUGGAGUGGAGGACAGAGCUUGAGCUGGGAACCGGCUGAUCUUUCACUGUUCAGGCUGGGAAGUGCGUUAACGAUGCCAAGCCAGGUUUUCUCAGGAGCUUCGAUGAGUUCGGCCGACAGACAUGAACGACUUAGCUGUGUUAACGAUCGGAGUCCUGUACAGUCAGCUUCUUUCUGUUGGUUUCUUUUGAAUAAUCAAAUGCUGGUGUUGAGACCAAGUAUGAUUGACUUAAUAAUUCAUUUGGACUCUCCUUUCCCCUCUCUCUCUUCCUCUUCUGGAUUCUUUUCGGAAACUACAAAAUCCAAGAUGCUGGCACCAAGUGUAUUCAGUGGGGCCCUUUUGACGGACAUGCUACCUGCAGCCCAGUGCCCAGAAUAUAUUCGAGUAACCACAUUUCAGUGGACUCCUGAAGCUGGCCCUGUGUAUCAUCGCCCGCGUCGUGCAUAGGCAAAGAAGGAGUAGGAUGUUUUCUGUUCAAGUACCGUAGCCUCAGUACCAGUCUAGUGUGUCAGCUCUGUUUACGAAGCAAUACCGUCAGAUUUCCUCGAUGUUUUCCAGUGUUGUACUCAACCUUGUGCUGUGAACUCCAUACAGAAAACUGUGCCAUCACCAAACACUGCUGGCAACUGGGUGUGAUGCCGACAACCACAACGAAGAAUCCUUGGCACUGGCUGGUCUACGUCCUCUCAAGUGCCUUUUUGUUUGUACUGGUUCUCAUUGUGUUACAUUAACCCGCCCUGUUUCUCGCUGGUGAAAGCCCUCCUCUUGAAUCAAACCCUGGUGGCCCACUGACUAAGAAGAAAGUAUAUUUUAGUGUGAGAUGUCAGCCUCCGGGUAGGCAAGGGCUCCGAAGAUUUGGCAACGUGGCUUAAUUGUUCUGCUUUUUCCGUAGUUCAAUUUCAUGUCUCUUGACCCUUUUGUAUAGAGCUGCAAUAUUCUCUCUUACUGUUCUUUCAUAUGGAAUGUAUUUUCAAAUGUAAACUCUUUCUCUUCUAUCUCUCUGUCUUUUUCCUCUCUUAGGAUUUAAGCAUUUGCCAUUAUCCAGAAAAGAAACUUGCAGCUUUAACCUGCUGGUAGUGGCAAACACUUUUACUAGACUUUAUGUUGGAAAAUAAAUAAAUAAGGGAAAUUCCUAACUUUGCCCUCCAAAGUCUAACUUUGGUUUCCUUGUUAACUGGUUAAAGUGACAGUAUCUUUUUUCCUAAGCCGUUUGUCUGUCUAUUCCAAUCGAAAUGAACUUCGAUAGCAAUGUUUGCAUUUAAUAGAAAUAGUGAGAAGCUGAGAGAAGAAAUAAUACUAAUUGGCUUUCAAGUGAUACCCAAAGGAAUAGAGUUCUCCCCUUAUCCAAAAACAGGAGAUUUUUACAUCCAAAUACACAAAAAUGACCCGUGAGAGCCUUCUUGUUUUGGUAUUGAGUCAGACAAGGGAAGUGGAAGAAAGAACAGUUAAUUUAAGAAAGCGACAAUAAAUCCUGGUGCCUGGGGAUGAAGUAUUUUAAGAUGACAGAGG